AGGAGGUCCUUCCCAUAGUUUUGCACUUCCUCCCUGCGGGUAUAUAUUUAGGGAGAAAGGAUCCUCUGACAGUAGCAACCACCCCAGACUCAUCCGGGAUCAGAGGUGUUUAUUCUCGCCAACCAGGGUCUUUCAGAAGUCCGUAGAGGGAAGCCAAGAUGAAAUCCCUCCUCUGCCUGGCUGCCAUCUGCAUCGCCCUCAGCGUCUGCUCUGGAUUCUGCUUCUACAAAGGAGUUACAGUAAUUGUGAAAGAGGAUGGAACGAGGGUGAUCCCAGAGGACUGUGCUGAUGUUUUUGAUGGAAUAAGGCACCCCAUUGGGUCUAUCUGGAAUUCCUCUCAUUGCAUGAGAUGUUCCUGUGGCACAGAAGGAAUGCACUGCUGUUCCAGGUACGGUGGUGUGGCUGCUGGUCCGGGAUGCAAAGCAAUCUUAGAUCGAGAAGCGUGUGAAUAUAAGUUGUACAAACUUGAUGACCCCACUAAGCUAUGUUAAACCCAACCAUCUUAAAGACAUCACCCCCUUCCUUUUUGCCAUGGCAGGAGUGGGCACAAAGGAUGCCUCGGGGCCACAUGUGGCUCCUAGGGAUGUUUUUGUGGCCUUUGACAUUUUCAGAAUUCACAGCCCAACCAUUUUUGGGGCUGGAACAGUGAGUGAACCUCUGCUCUUGAAAUGGCUUCAAUGGGCUGCAGGGUCUCCUUACCUAAGAUUUGAACAUGCGUUUCCUAUCAGUUUCCCAUGCUAGAUGAAGCUCACUUUAUCCCAGUGAACCUCCAGAGUUUGCUCAGAGACUGUAGCUGAGCUGGUUCUGGAGCUGCAAUUGCAGAGUUGCCUUAAAUGAUGCUAACCUUCUGUGGAUCAAAAUGAAAGUCUGACAUGAUAGCCCAUGUGCCUUCUCCGUGGUCCCUGGACCUGUCAGAAUUGCCCAUUCCUGAUCUAUUGGAACUUAAAUAAACCAGUCAAAUCCCA